AUGCAGGCCGAGAUCCAGGACCACACCAAGGCCCUGGAGGUCCUGAAAACCUACACUACCCAGGAUGGUCUGGACGUUGACACCCUGCUUGACUCGGACAAGCACGGAGCGUUGACCUACAACGACUUCCUUAUCUUGCCCGGAUACAUCGGCUUCCCUGCCUCCGAUGUCACUCUGGACACUCCCGUCACCAAGCGUGUCUCUCUGAAGGUUCCCCUUCUGUCCUCUCCCAUGGAUACCGUUACCGAGCACAACAUGGCCAUCCACAUGGCUCUGCUGGGUGGUCUGGGUGUUAUCCACCACAACUGCGCUCCUGAGGAGCAGGCCGAGAUGGUCCGCAAGGUCAAGAGAUACGAGAACGGUUUCAUCUCUGAUCCCGUUGUCCUUUCUCCCAAGGCCACUGUCCGCGAGGCCAAGGAACUUAAGGCCAAGUGGGGCUUCGGUGGUUUCCCUGUUACUGAGAACGGAACCCUCCGCUCCAAGCUUGUUGGUAUUGUCACUUCCCGUGACAUCCAGUUCCACCACGACCUUGAUGACUCCGUCACCGCCAUCAUGUCCACUGACCUCGUCACUGCCCCCGCUGGCACCACCCUGGCCGAGGCUAACGAGGUCCUCCGUUCCUCGAAGAAGGGCAAGCUCCCCAUCGUUGAUGAGAACGGCAACCUUGUCUCCCUGCUGUCCCGCAGCGACUUGAUGAAGAACCUGCACUACCCCCUCGCCUCCAAGCUCCCCCAGUCCAAGCAGCUCAUCGCCGCUGCUGCCAUUGGUACCCGUGAGCAGGACAAGACCAGACUCAAGCUCCUUGUUGACGCUGGUCUCGACAUUGUUAUCCUGGACAGCAGCCAGGGUAACAGCAUGUACCAAAUUGAGAUGAUCAAGUGGAUCAAGCAGAACUUCCCCGAGAUCGACGUUAUCGGUGGUAACGUUGUCACUCGUGAGCAAGCCGCAGCUUUGAUUGCUGCUGGUGUCGAUGGCCUGAGAAUUGGCAUGGGCAGCGGCAGUGCUUGCAUCACCCAGGAGGUUAUGGCUGUUGGCCGUCCCCAGGCUAUUGCUGUCCGCAGCGUCACCGCUUUCGCUGCUCGCUUCGGUGUUCCUUGCAUCGCUGACGGUGGUGUCCAGAACGUUGGUCACAUCGUCAAGGGUCUGGCUAUGGGUGCCUCCACUGUCAUGAUGGGAGGUCUCCUUGCCGGUACCACCGAGUCUCCUGGCGAGUACUUCAUGAGCAAGGAGGGUCAGCUCGUCAAGGCCUACCGUGGUAUGGGCAGUAUCGCCGCCAUGGAGGACAAGAAGGCUGGCGCUGGUUCCAAGGACAGCAAGGCCAGCAACGCUGGUACUGCUCGUUACUUCUCUGAGAAGGACGGCGUCCUGGUUGCUCAGGGUGUUGCUGGCUCCGUUCUCGACCGUGGUUCUGUCACCAAGUUCGUCCCCUACCUCGUUGCUGGUGUCCAGCACUCCCUGCAGGACAUUGGUGUCAAGAGCCUUAAGGCUCUGCACGAGGGUGUGGACAACGGAACUGUCCGCUUCGAGAUGAGAAGUGCCAGCGCCAUGGCCGAGGGUAACGUCCACGGUCUCCACAGCUACGACAAGAAGCUCUACUCUUAA